AGAAGAGAAGAGGCUGUGAAGUACAUUAGUAUGUUUGAACAGUGUCUAGAAACAAACAAAAACUUGAACUGGGUCUGUGUAUCAUUUUGUGUAAGUGAGGUAUAUACUGAUCCUCUCUCUCCCAUUUGAUGACCUUAGGUCGUGUUAGGGAACAUCAUACAGCCUCAUUUACCUCCUAUUAAAACACCGGGUACAGUAGCCUCUGACAUCCAGCUGAAAAGAUAGUCUGGAAAAUAAGCUAAUAGCUAGCUAAUUUUUUUUUCAGUCAUACUUCCGACCUGCCAAGUUAAAAGCUGAGGGCUAAUGAGCCUUAUCCUGCAUCCAAUUUCCAAUGCCAGUGACCAAUACUUGCAUCCCUGUUUUCUGUCACCUUACUUAAUACCUUCCUGUUGUCACAGUUAAGAGGUAGAAGGGAGAGUUGGACAUUUCUGGGCUUUGUCUGCUCCGCAGUGUCUACAGGAUGACCUUCAGGUAGAACCUUCAACUCUUCAUGGGCCAAUAAAUGUUUGUUGAGUGAUAAUAUGGCCGUUGACUUCCCAGGACUUUCUGAUGUCUUUGCAGACCACCAAUUUCCCCAACAUAACCAAGCUGGCCUCUGCCCCGCAACUCUACGUGGAUCGUCCACAUGCUGACCUAUCUUCAGAAUCCCGAGAAAAUCAGAGACAGACCAAAAGUAGAAACCACAGAGGACAUGCCUACUGACAUGAAUUUCUGCCAGAUGCCCCAGCGAUUGAGAGCAGAAGAGCAGGAUGGAUCGUGUGAGAGAUUGGUGUCCUUUGAGGAUGUGACUGUGGAGUUCAGCCAGGAGGAGUGGCAGCACCUGGACUCUGCCCAGAGACGCCUGUACCAGGACGUGAUGCUGGAGAUCUACAGCCACCUCUUGGCAGUGGGUAAACUGCAGCUUGACACACAACAUCAGCAAAUUUUUGUGAAAGCUUCAUUUCUAAGUGAUACAGCCAGUGAAGUCACAAGACAUGGCUCCUCAUAUUGCUCCGUGUUAGAGAAACUCUGGCAGGAUGAUGACAGUGCUGCAAAGACUGAUCAGCAAAGCCAGGUCCUGCCCAUAAGUCCUGAUGCUUUCCAAAACCAGAAAAUACUGAACGCAUACAGUGCUUGUGACUAUGAAGAAACUGGAGAAUCGACUCUUUUGGAACCCCACUUCAUGUCUACACAAUAUGUACCUCCAAGAGCAAAUAGUGACAGUCAAAGCAAUGCCAUAAAGCAGCUUAAUGAUAUUAUUGGAUCUAAUCAUUUUUUUACACAAGGCUCUUCUAAUGGGAUGUGUACGGUUCCUCAUCAAACAGAGAAAUCAUACAAUGAGAGUCAGUUUGGAAACAUUCUUUCUCCUAGUCUACCACUUAUGGAUCAUGAAAUUAAUUUUCAAGACAAACCAGUUGAAUAUGCUGGAUGUGGGAAGGCCUUCACUGGUGAGACGGCUUUCUGUCAACAGCAAAUAACUAACAAUAUGGAGACAUCUUUUAUCUGUCACACAUGUGGGAAAACCUUUCUUCACAAGUCUAAAUUGACCUCCCAUUCAGAAACUCAUAGAGAAGAGACACCUUAUGAAUGUCCUGACUGUGCCAAAUCACUGAGGCAUACGUCCAGCCUGCAAGUGCUUCGUGGAAUCCAGACAAAGGAGAAACCUUAUGAAUGCCACGUGUGUGGGAAAUCAUUCAGUUAUACAUCCCACCUAAAGGUGCACCUUCGAACACAUACUGGUGAGAAGCCUUAUGCAUGUUCUGACUGUGGAAAAGCCUUCAGCCAAAAGUCAGUUCUCACCAUACAUCAAAGAAUUCACACUGGAGAAAAGCCGUACACAUGCAGUGACUGUGGGAAAAUGUUUGUUUGUGCAUCAGAUCUAACAAAGCAUUGUCGAUUCCACACUGGGGAAAAGCCUUAUGAGUGCCCCGACUGUGGGAAAUCUUUCAGUAUUAAAUCUAACCUGCUUGCACACCAUCGAAUUCACACCAGUGAAGGACCUUACAAAUGCUUUGACUGUGGGGAAUCUUUCAGGAAAAUAUCCCAAUUGAAGAUACAUCAUCAAAUUCACACUGAUGGCAGAUCUUUUGUAUGUUCUGACUGCGGAAUGGCCUUCAGCCAAAAGUCAGUCCUCACCACACAUCAGAGAAUUCACAAUGGAGAGAAAUGUUACCCAUGUAGUGACUGUGGGAAGUUGUUUCUUUAUGCUUCAGAUCUGAAGAAGCAUUGUCGGUUUCACACAGGGGAGAAGCCUUACAAAUGCCAUGACUGUGGGAAAUCAUACAGUGUAAAGUCGCACCUACACGUGCAUCAUCGAAUUCACACUGGUGAGAGACCUUACAAGUGUGAUGAUUGUGGAAAAUCAUUCAGAAGAAACUCUCACCUGCAGAUGCAUCAGCAAACUCACACUGGUGAGAAGCCUUACAAAUGCUCUGACUGUGGGAAGUCAUUCCGGAGAGCAUCCCACCUGAAGGUACAUCAUCGAAUUCAUACUGGGGAGAAACCUUAUGUGUGUUCUGAGUGUGGAAAGGCUUUCAAUGAUAGGUCAGUUCUCAGCACACAUCAGAGAAUUCACACUGGAGAGAAGCCUUACAUAUGCAGCGACUGUGGGAAAGCAAUGUCUUCUAAAGCCAAUCUCAAAGAGCAUCAACGGAUUCACACAGGCGAGAAACCAUAUGUGUGUGCUGAAUGUGGGAAGGCCUUCAGUGAUAAGUCUUCUUUCUAUAGACAUUGUAAAAUCCACAGUAGGGGCAAACCUUUUGUCCAUAACAAAGGUGAAAAGGGUUUCCUGCAGAAUUCACAAGUAACAUCCUAUGAGCAAACUCAGAGUGCAGAGAAACUAUAUCUCAGGUUCCUGGAGAUCAUCACCUUCAAGGGACCAUCUGUGCUUCUGACAGCCAGUCUCACCACUGACACCCCAGAGAACAAACCCAGGAUCAAGAACAAUCACUUCAACUUGAGUAAGGAUCUGGGAAUGAUGCAGAUGAAUCGGAGGCGCCUGAAAUACACAAUUCUUAUAUAUGAAAGUUGCCCUCUGCCUCUGGUGUCAGUUAUCCAGAGGAAUGACAAGCAGUGGAAACAAGUAACCUGGCAGCUCACGUGUGUACAGAUGAUGACACUGGUUAUGAGCCAUGGUUACUCUCUAGCGUUAAUGGAGGGACGCCGUGGGAGUUUGGAUUCUGAAUACUGGGGAAUCCUGAGCGGCUACCCGGCGUGCCGUGUGCAGCGCUCUCUGAAGUGCAGUGUGAGCACAAGGAAGCUGAGUUCUGCCUGUCAGCUCUACUCAGAGGCUCCACAUGCUCACCUGAGUCCUGAGGAAAUGGCUGCCGACGUGAAUUUCUGCCAGAAGCCCCGCAGGCUGACAACAGAGGAGCCGCAUGGGUCAUGUGAGAGGUGGAUGUCCUUUGAGGAUGUGACCGUGGACUUCAGCCAGGAGGAGUGGCAGCAACUGGACUCUGCCCAGAGACGCCUGUACCAGGACGUGAUGCUGGAGAUCUACAGCCACCUCUUGGCAGUGGGGUAUCCCAGGCCAGAGGUCAUCCUCAAGAUGAAGAACGUAAAGGACACACAGAUGGGGAGGAUUGACUUCCCACAUCAGAGGUGUGGUCAAGGGGAGCCAGAGCGUGACUCGCCCCAGCAAAUGUGUGUGAGAGCUGCAUUUCCAAACAAUGUCUCAGGCGUAGUCACCAGAGGUGGUUCAUACUGUUCCGUUAUGGACGAACUGUGGCAGGGUGGUGACCCUAAAAAGACAGAUCAGCAAAACCAGAUCCUACCCUUGAGUCCUGAUAUUUUCUUCAGCCAGAAAACACUAAUCACAGACAACUGUGAUGGAUGUGAAGCACCUGGGGGAUCCAUUCCUCUAGGACCCCACCUCAUUUCUACACAAAAGAGAUCCCCAAGAUGUUAUCCAUGUGAAAAGAUGUUGCAGCCCAACCUUCAAGCAGAUGGUGAGCAUCAGAGCAGCACCACAAAGCAGCCUGAUGGCAUUGCUGACUCUUGUUGGUUCUUCACACAAGGCCUUUCCAGUGCUGUGUGUACAAUUCACAGCACAGGAGGGAAAGCAUGCAGAGGUGACCAGUGUGCAGAUGUUCUUAGCCCUAAGCAACCAUUUAUGCAGCAUGGAAUUCUUUCAAAAGACAAGCCAGUUGGAUAUACCAAAUAUGAGAAGGUCUUCACUGCCAGGUCAGCUUUGUGUCAGCAGCAAACAACUAACACCAUAGAGACACAUUUUAUUUGCCACAUGUGUGGGAAAUCCUUUCUUAAGAAAUCUGAGUUGAGUUUUCAUCCAGGAACAAACAGAGGAGAGACACGUUAUGAAUGUCCUGACUGUCUGAAAUCACUUACCAGUACAUCCAGCCUGCAAGCAUGUCAUGAAACUCACACAAAGGAGAAACCUUACAGAUGUCGUGACUGUGGGAAGUCAUUCAGUUACGCAUCCCACCUAAAGGUCCAUCUUCGAAUACAUACAGGUGAGAGGCCUUAUGUGUGUUCUGACUGUGGGAAGGCCUUUAGCCAAAAGUCAGUCCUCACCACGCAUCAGAGAAUUCACACUGGGGAGAAGCCUUACACAUGUAGCCACUGUGGAAAAUUGUUUGUUUAUGCAUCAGAUCUGAAGAAGCAUAACCGAUUUCACACAGGGGAGAAGCCCUACGAGUGCAGAGAUUGUGGGAAGUUAUUCAGUAAUAAAUCCCACCUGCCUGUGCAUCGUCGAAUUCACACUGGUGAGAAACCUUACAAAUGCUGUGACUGUGGGAAGUCAUUCAGGAGAAAGUCCCACCUUAAAGUGCAUAACCGAAUACACACCGGUGAGAAGCCUUAUGUGUGCCCUGAUUGUGGGAAGGCUUUCAGCCACAGUUCUGUACUCAGCACACAUCAGAGAAUUCACACUGGGGAGAGGCCUUACAUAUGCAGCGACUGUGGGAAGGCCAUGUCUUCUAAAGCCCAACUGAGUGAGCACCGAAGAACUCACACAGGUGAGAAACCCUAUGUGUGCAUUGAGUGCGGGAAAGCCUUCAGUGGCAGAUCUUCAUUACAAGCACAUCGUAGAACUCACAGUAGUGAACAACCAUUUGUCUGUCACAAAUGUGGGAAGGGCUUCCUGCGCAAGUCCCAGUUGUCAUCUCACCAACAAAGUCACACUGGUGAGAAUCCUUAGGAGCGCUGUGCGUGUGCGGGUGAUUCUUCGGUCAUACAUAUCAGCUGAAGGAACAUCAUCAGAUUGAAACAGAAGAAAAUGUCCUUGACGGGGAAAGUUUUCAACAGCUGAAGGCUCUUGUCUUUCGUUCUGUGCAGGGAAACCUGAGGUGGGUUUUGAAUGCAGAAAGUCCUUCAAAUGCAAGUCAGAUUUCAGUAGACCUGACACUAUAGAUACUGAUCAUGUGAAAGGCUUUACCACAAAGUCGAUUCCUUAUCCAUGUUUUAAAAUAAAGAGACCUAAUUAUAGCUUAUGUAUUGCUUAUUUUAAACACAUAAGUUCUUAUACCUGAGGAAAAGAAUAAAGAAUUUGUAAGAA